CCAAUUUUCAAAUGUCACAGCUGCGGAAAAAAUAAUUUUAGACGAGUUUACUUUCAAAAUUACUAGUUUAAGUCAUUUUUGCAUUUUUUUUUGUUGGGAAAAAAAGAGUAGCAAAACCCUAUUGAAAUUAGCUAGAUAAAAAAAAAUUCUAGUACAAAAAUUAAAAAAUUGAAUAAAUGGCAAAAUAAUGUCAGCAUCAGGAUCAUCUCUACCUCCGGGUCCUUCGACUCCUGCAAAUGGUUCAGUGAAGUCUGGAUCAGCACAUUCGACGCCACAAGAAGCCCCAGGUACCCCAUCAGGAACAAAAACACCAGGUUCACCAGCACCAGGUUCACCAGGUUCAGCAGCACCUGGUUCACCAGGUGCUCAAACACCGGGUUCACCUCCGCCAGGUGUUUCAACCCCUGGAUCUAAGGCACCGGGUAGUGUAACAUCAGGUACCCAGAUACCAGGCUCUCAGGCGCAGGGCACUCCAUCGUUUGCCCCUCCAUCCGUAGUUUCUCGCCAUUCAUCACAAAAUGCUGCAGCUUCCAGUAAGUUUGCAUGUCAAGGGGGCACUUCAUGUCCUACUUAUCCAUGUCAGGUAUGCUGGUCCCCACCAGUAUGCCAGCAACAAAGAAGUGGCGAUAAUAUUGGCAGUCUGAUAAUAGAUGUCAUUGGGAUUUUGAUAUUCUUCAUUUUCCUGAUGCUGCAGUUUUGGUUCAAGAUAGCCUCCUAUGUCAUUCGUGGCAUUCGGGCGGCGUACUGUGCGGAUAGGGUAGUCCAAAUAGCUCUGGCUCUAGUCGCUUUGCUGGUGUUUGGUUCUUUGCUUGUACAUGUAUUUCUGGGGGGUCGUUGUAUGUCUCGUGACCAAAAACUGAGACAAAAGCAAAUGCAACCGGGUCUUAAAUCGGGAAAAUCCGGAAAAGAAGGUGCUGCUGGUAAAUGUGGUGCAGCGAGUGAAAAAGCGGUGGUCAUCAAGCCUUUGAAGAUAUCAAUCCAACACCCGAGACAGUUUAGAAAUUGUCCCUUGAAUAUAACAAAAACAUUUACGUUGUCGAUAUACGAUCAAAGAAAGAAAAAAAUCUUCGAGACUCAACAAGAUAUAAAGCUUCCGGAAAAUACUAAACCUCCUUUGAUUUUUGCGAUGCAACCCAUCAUUAUAUCUGAGUAUAAUUGAUGGUUACCUAUUCGUAGAUAUUGUUAGUAAUUUUGAAGCUGGAUCAAGUGAAAAUCCUGAGGGAUCAAUAUGAUUGUUAUGUCGACGUAAUCAUAUGAUUAAAAAAUGUUGGUCUCCAAUGAAAAUAUUAAA